GAUUAAAGCUGCUGAGAGUGAAUCUCUGAAUUCUUUGAAACGACCUUAAACGCCCUAGCUACGGCAAUUCAAAGCUCUCAUCUUGGCAAAGAAAGCUUUCGCCUUGCCCGACCGCCAGCAGAUUAGAACGAUAAGGUGUAAACAUAAAUUCCAGUUCUUAAUACGAAAUACGAUCGCACAUUAGCACAGAGCGGAACUUUCCACAGUAACGCAACUGGAAGCUAGAGAUCAACAUCGCACAAUGUGGGACGAUCUCAAGAACAAGGUGAUCUUGGUGACGGGCGCUGGUGCGGGCAUUGGCCAAGCGCUGGUCAAACAGUUGGCCACCGCGGGAGCCACCGUCAUAGCAGUGGCACGCAGCGACGUCCAGCUCAAGGAGCUAACCGCCUUUGACCCCAAGCACAUUCAACCGCUGCAGCUGGACCUCGCCGAGUGGCAGCCAGUGCGAGAGGCCCUGGCCAAGGUGCCGCUCUUGGAUGGACUGGUGAACAAUGCCGGAGUGGCCAUCAUCAAGCCAUUCGAGGAGCUCACGGAACAGGACUUUGAUACCCACAUCAAUGUGAAUAUCAAAGCUGUGUUCAAUGUGACACAGGCCCUGCUGCCCAGGCUUCGUGAUGGCGCGUCGAUUGUGAAUGUCUCCUCGAUAGCUGCAUCGCGCUCCUUUGCUGGCCAUACGGCGUACAGUGCCACCAAGGCGGCGCUUGACUCUCUGACCAAAUCAUUGGCCCUAGAGCUGGGUCCACGCCGCAUACGCGUCAAUUCGGUCAAUCCCACAGUGGUGCUGACCAAAAUGGGUCGCGACAAUUGGUCGGAUCCCGCCAAGAGUGGACCACUGCUGGCCCACAUUCCGCUCAAUCGUUUCUGCGAGGUGCAGGAGGUUGUCGAUGCCACUGGCUAUCUGCUGAGCAGCAAGUCCAGCUUUGUGAACGGCCAUCAUAUUCUGCUGGAAGGCGGCUAUGCUGUGUCCUAAAUAAUACUCCACAAAAAAUAUCCGAAUUUCACUAACGUUUAAAUGGAAUGAAAUGUAUCUUUGCAUGCGGCUAAAUAUUAAAUGCAAAUAAAUAUGCUUCGCACAUUAA